AUGCUGCGUGAUGAGCCGCCGCCCGAGAAGGGGCAGCAGAGCCUUUCUUUAUUCAGCCGACUCUUGUCCAGUAUCGACGGCUGCAAACUCGAAGUUGUGCUGGACGGCAAAGCGGAGGAGGACAAGAUUAAAGUAGUGGACAUCUACGACAACGUAAGCGAGCGCUUCCCGCUCUACUCAUGGAAGGAGCCCGUCAAGGGACGCGUGAUGCUGACGCCGACCAGCUCUUCCUACUCACAUCAAGGUGUGGUAGUGGAGCUGAUCGGCGUGGCAAGCACGUUUCGCGAUGCUGAGUCGCGCGUUGUCUUCCUCCGGCAGGAGCGCCAAUUUGAGCCAGACACACUGACGCAGCCGACGCCCUUCGAGUUUGUUUUCUCUGCGCCGAAGGAGCAUGAGUCGUACCAUGGCAUCUACGCCAAAGUCCGAUACUUUGUGCAGGCGACGGUGAGGCAGCGUAUCAAGAGCCCAAGUGUGAAGGAGGAGGUGUGGGUGCACCGCGUCGACGCAGCGCUGAGUGAAUCACAGCCUGAUGCCUCAGCUCACGUGAACUACUUCCGCGAGACGUACUUCGGGCCGGAGUCCAUCUCAAUGAACGUUGGCGUAGAAAAUGUUCUUCACAUUGAAUUUCGCUACGACAAGAAAAUCUUCCACCUGGCGGAGCGGGUGCUGGGCAAAGUGGAGUACAAAAUAGCGGAUAUGGAUAUCGCGUAUGGUGAGGUGGGGCUGGUACGUAAAGAGUUCAUCGCACCUGGCCAGUCAGGGGAGACAAUGGAAUCGGAGACGCUGCAAAAGUUCGAGAUCAUGGAUGGCACCCCUAUUGUCGAAGAAGUAGUCCCAAUUCGCCUCUAUCUUAACUCGAUCCCGCGCCUGACACCGACGUACAUGAACGUUGCGAACCUCUUUAGUGUGCGCUACUUCCUCAAUCUGGUGCUGGUGAGUCAAGAGGGAAAGCGGUACUUCAAACAGCAGGAGAUCCAGUUGUACCGUCGAACAGGGCAGGAUCGGCCAGUCAACUCUCUCGGCUUGGGUCUAUCAGCGAAACCUGCUCAGCGGCGCAUGAAUACGAAAGGCGGCUGGAGCGCGUGA